AAAUGAAUAUUCAUCAACAUUAUUACCAAGUAAACGAACAAACCUUGAAUUGUUUUCCCAAUCUGAAAGAUGAGGCGGUGCGAAUGGCGGCUGUCUAUAAUGAAGAUAUCUUGAAUGCCAAAUUUGAUAUGAAAGGAGGAGAAAGCGAUAACGAAACUAUUGGUUUAACUGAUUAUGGCGAUGAUGGUUCUGUCACUGAUGACGACAGUCUUAGCACAAUAGCAGCCUCUAGUAGCCGUGUUAAUUUUAAUCGAUCAUUUCAUUACGCAUCAAUGUCUUCAUUAGCUUCAACCGAAACUGCAACAACAUAUUCUGAAAUUUUUGGAAGCAAAAAAGAUCGAUCAAAAUGGGAAGAAGAACACGAUGAUUUAUUGCCAGAAUAUAAUAAUAAUCCAUUCAAAUUUGAGGAUCUCUCCAAUUUAAAUAAAGUAUUUGACUGGAAUGGAUGGUCAUGUGGUGUUAUUGUUGAACAAAUGCGCAAUCCUUCUAAAGCAGUUGUUUGUUACAAAAUUUGGCCUUUUUGUAAUGGAGAGACUACAGCUGUUGAAUUAUUUUUGGAUACAGACGAAAAAAAAGAAAUACUUGAUUUGGGACAGUGGAUAAAAUUUGAAAGAAAAGAUUUAUUUCCUGCUGUUGUCAAUCCUUCUACUUAUCAACCUCAAAAAGAAAUGUUACGAACAAUUCCUUCACUUGGCGGAGUUUUUAUGGAAUGUCAAAUUGUUAUUCGUGAUGAUCGAAGGGGUGAAAUUUGUACAAAAAUGAAGCGUUGGUUAACUGAUUUACAAAUGUCUAAUUGUAUGACAAGAACACCUUUUAUUCGGCGUAUUCGUGAUGAUCAGGGAAUAAUUCGGAAUGAAGAUUUGGGGACAACAAGAUGGGCAACAAUUGAAUAUAUAAGAGUAGAUGAAGAAGAAGGAUGUUGGAGGCUUGUUUUUAUUCGUCCAAAAUGUUAUGGUGAAUGGGUUUCAUUAACGUAA